AUGAGUGACUCUGCAAGCUACAAAAAGCUCAAGCAGAUUGGGGAAGGUGGGUUCUCUCAUAUCUAUUUAGUUGAAAAGGAAACGGGUGAGAAAUAUGCAAUGAAAUCAUACAAAACGCACUCCACGCAAUCGGAAAUCAAACUCCAGUUUUAUCGCGAAAUCAAAUACCUGUCCUCGUUGAAACAUGAAAACAUCAUUUCUCUCCUCCACGUGUUUGUCGACCAAAACCUCGUCUCUAUUAUUCUUCCCCUUUGCGACUGUUCUCUCGAUAUGGAACUUACGGUCCCACGGUCAUUAGAAGAGAAGUAUUUGUAUGUUCAAAACAGAUUUGCUCAAAUCCUUCAAGCCGUGCAAUACCUUCAUUCAAAUUGUAUAGUUCAUCGCGAUAUAAAGCCUUCAAACUUCCUCAUCAAAGACAACAAACUCUAUUUGACUGACUUUGGAAACGCCAAAACGGUGCAUCCAAACGUCCAUAUCAAGUCGAAUAUGGUCUCUAUUUUCUAUAGACCGCCAGAAAGUUUUAUAUGUACAACGGAAUUCCCUUUUGCAAUAGACAUCUGGUCGAUUGGAUGUGUCUUUUACACCCUAUUAACUGGUGUGAUACUUUUCGAAGCAAAUUCGGAGUUUGAGGUUUGUGCAAAGAUCGGGGAGAUGUUCGACUUGGAGAUGCAGGACGCUAUUAAUGACGACAAAAUACGUGACGCUCAUAUCGACAAGAGUAAAUUCGAAAAAAUAGAUAUCAUAACAGAGAAGACCUUUGCUAUACUGACGAAUUGUCUUGCCUUCGACCCAUCCAAACGUCCGUCGAUCGAUGAGCUUCAACAGAUGGCCUGUUUUUAA